AUGCGAGGUUUCAAGCAAAAGUUGAUCAAGAAAACCACCGGAUCCAGUUCUUCCGGAGGCAAAAAGAAGGAUAAAGAAGACUCCAAGAAGUCGUCAAGCAAUGGCACUGCGGGAGCUGUAUCUAGCAAGACUUCGAGCGAGAAAAGUGGCUCAAACUCUACCGGUUUAAGCUCUAAUGAGAAAAAGAAUUCGGGUUCUAGCGCACCAACGGGAACUUCCAAGAAUGGGAAGGUCAAGAGUGGUGUAAGUGGUAGCAGUAGAAGCUCCGUAAGUGGCGUGAACUCCACUGCGUCGUCGACUGGAUCGCACGCAGAAGCUUCCACCAACACAACACCUUCGACGAGCCAGAAGAAACUGGAAGUCAUGGGAAACAUCAAUCAGCCUUCAAAAUCGUCCCAACCUACAUUGAUUGCAGCUGCAUCUUUGCCAUUGUCUCCAAGCUCGGCUACGAUGUCCCUUGCCGUCCCAGGCACCACACCAAGUAGCCCCAAAGAAGGCGCAAACGGAGGUGUCUCUUUGAACGGCGUCGACAUCCCGCGUUCAUCGCAUUCCUUUGAGCGACUACCAAACCCUUCCAAACUGAAUCCAGAGGCUGAUUUGGACCUGAUAAAGAGCCCACAGAGACAUUCCUCUUCGAGAUUUGAGCCAUCGCGCUACACACAGGUCACCAAACUGCCCCAUUUUGACGAUGUUUCACCAGAAGAGCAAAUUCCACUUUUUUUGGCAAAAGUCGACCAAUGUAACACAAUUUUCGACUUUGGGGACCCUAGUUUCGAUAUCCAGGGCAAAGAGAUUAAACGACUCACUAUGCAGGAACUCAUUGAGUUUGUUGUCACCAACAGAUUUGCUUACACAGAGGAAAUGUACGCUCAUGUGGUCAACAUGUUCAAAAAUAACCUUUUCAGACCCAUUCCUCCUCCUGUAAACCCCAUUGGCGAGGUUUUCGAUCCAGAUGAAGACGAACCUGUGAACGAACUAGCGUGGCCACACAUGCAAUGUGUUUAUGAAUUUUUCUUAAGAUUUGUUGAGAGUCCCGAUUUCAAUCACCAGAUCGCUAAACAGUACAUUGAUCAAGACUUCAUUCUGAGAUUGCUCGAGCUAUUCGACAGUGAAGAUAUCAGGGAAAGAGACUGUUUGAAGACUACACUGCAUCGCAUUUACGGAAAAUUCUUGAGUCUCCGGAGCUUCGUUCGUCGGUCCAUCAGUUACAUUUUCCUGCAGUUUGUUUACGAAAGCGAACGAUUCAACGGUAUUGCAGAGUUGCUAGAAAUAUUAGGAUCUAUUAUCAAUGGGUUUGCGCUACCGUUGAAAGAAGAGCACAAAAUCUUCUUGGUUCGUGUCUUGAUUCCUAUGCAUAAGGUGCGGUGCUUGUCAUUGUACCACCCACAACUCGCAUACUGCGUGGUGCAAUUUCUGGAGAAAGAACCGCUUCUAACCGAAGAAGUAGUCAUGGGUCUGCUGAGGUACUGGCCCAAGGUAAACUCUACGAAGGAGAUCAUGUUUCUCAAUGAGAUUGAAGAUAUUUUCGAAGUAAUCGAGCCAUUGGAAUUCAUUAAGAUUGAAGUGCCUUUAUUUGUGCAACUUGCAAAAUGCAUUUCGUCUCCACAUUUCCAGGUGUCUGAAAAAGUGCUCAGCUACUGGAACAACGAGUACUUUCUCAACCUGUGCAUUGAGAACGCCGAAGUAAUUCUUCCGAUUAUAUUUCCGGCUCUGUACGAACUCACCUCACAAUUGGACCUAGAGUCGCAAGGCGACGACCAUGGAAACCGCACAUCCGACCCUUACGUUUUGGUGGAGCAGGCCAUUAGUUCUGGAUCCUGGAACCGCGCCAUUCACGCCAUGGCAUUCAAAGCUUUGAAAAUUUUCCUGGAAACAAAUCCGGUUCUUUACGACAAUUGUAAUUCUCUUUACUUGACCACGGUCAAGGAAACCCAAAGACGCAAACAAGAGCGUGAGGUCAACUGGAAAAAAUUAGAGGGUUUCGUCAGAGACUUCAAGAUAAGCAGCGGUGGUGGGACCGAUGGAGUAAAUGAAACGCAUUGA